CUUAGGGUUUUUAGCAAAAGCUCCACCUCCGCAAAUUGAUUCCGCAGCUUCUUCGAUUGACGACAAUGGCUGACGGGUCUUCGCCUCCGGUAGAUCAACUAGCCUCUGCAUCCAUAGCCGAAGAUGGUCCCUCCUCGUCUUUGGUGAAGAAAGCACAAUUCUCCGACCGUGUGCUUAUUCGUUCGAUCGUCGGAAGAUCCGACGGCGGAGCUGGACUGGCCGGCGAACAAGUCCGGGUGGGUGGAUGGGUCAAGACGGGUAGAGAGCAGGGGAAAGGGUCCUUUGCUUUCCUGGAGCUCAAUGACGGGUCGUGCCCUGCGAAUCUACAGGUUAUCGUGGAGGCGUCCGUAUCUGAUCUAGCCCCUCUCGUUGCGACAGGAACUUGCGUGUCUGUCGAUGGGAUUCUGAAGACCCCUCCGGAAGGUACGAAGCAAAAGAUUGAACUCCGGGUCGAGAAGGUGAUCCAUGUCGGAAGAGUGGAUCCGGCGAAGUACCCGAUUCCAAAGACGAAGCUAACUCUGGAGUUCUUGAGAGAUGUUCUUCAUCUUCGUUCUAGGACAAAUUCGAUUUCAGCUGUUGCAAGAAUUCGAAAUGCUCUUGCUUUUGCGACCCACAGUUUCUUUCAAGAGCACAAUUUCCUCUACAUUCACACUCCAAUCAUCACAACAAGUGAUUGUGAAGGUGCCGGCGAAAUGUUCCAAGUCACAACUUUGAUCAGUGAGGCUGAGAAGUUGGAGAAGGACCUAAUAGAGAACCCUCCACCGACAGAAGCUGAUGUCGAAGCUGCCAAACUCAUUGUCAAGGAGAAAGGUGAUGCCCUAGCCCAGCUCAAAGCUGCCAAAGCUAGCAAGCAAGAUAUGGCUCCGGCUGUUGAUGAACUCAAGAAAGCAAAGGAGAGUGUGGCUGAACUUGAAAAGAGAUCGAAGCUUAAGCCGGGAAUUCCCAAGAGAGAUGGGAAAAUUGAUUAUUCCCUAGAUUUUUUCGCCCGUCAAGCUUUCUUGACGGUUUCUGGUCAGUUACAAGUAGAAACAUAUGCUUGCGCUCUUAGCAGCGUGUAUACAUUUGGCCCAACUUUCCGAGCAGAGAACUCUCAUACCUCGAGGCAUUUGGCUGAGUUCUGGAUGGUUGAGCCUGAAAUAGCUUUUGCCGAUCUUCAGGAUGACAUGAACUGUGCAGAGGCGUAUGUCAAAUACAUGUGCCAGUGGUUGCUUGACAAAUGUUACGAUGACAUGGAACUUAUGGCCAAGAAUUUUGAUAAGUGUUGCAUUGACCGGCUAAAAAUGGUUGCCUCAACGCCAUUUGUACGUGUAUCGUACACUGAAGCAGUGAAACUGCUCGAGGAUGCUGUGGCCAAGGGAAAGAAGUUUGAGAACAAAGUGGAGUGGGGAAUCGAUUUAGCAUCUGAGCAUGAAAGAUACUUAACAGAGGUUUUGUUUCAAAAGCCGGUUAUCGUCUUUAACUACCCGAAAGGGAUCAAAGCGUUUUACAUGAGGCUUAACGAUGAUGGGAAGACAGUCGCUGCCAUGGAUGUUCUCGUUCCAAAGGUUGGAGAACUCAUUGGUGGAAGCCAAAGGGAAGAACGUUACGAUGUCAUUCAGGAGAGGAUAGCGGAGAUGGGUCUACCGAUGGAGCCAUACGAGUGGUACCUUGACCUACGUCGCUUUGGAACAGUCAAACACAGCGGGUUUGGACUCGGGUUCGAAAGGAUGAUUCUGUUUGCAACGGGGAUCGAUAACAUCAGAGACGUCAUUCCCUUCCCCCGGUAUCCUGGACGAGCAGAUCUUUGAUUUGCAAUACAUCAUGUUUUGAUUUUCAACCAACGGCAUUAUCUAUACCAAUAUUUGAUUUUACUAUAUGAAGUUAGCCAUUUCGGAUUAUAUUUGCGAUUAUGGUUUGCAUAAGCUAAUUUUAUCCAAAUGAGCUCUUCCCACUUGUUCUUUA